CAUGUGCAAUGAUACCAGGCGGGGACACACAAAGUUUACACAACAAGGAAGUGGAGCAAUUUGAUCUUCGUUUUCCUUGAGAAGGAUGGAACCCGCAUUUCAACUGCGUGGUCAAAAACUCAAAAAAUUUCACUUAUAGAUGAUUACAAUUAAAAAAAAGUAUUUGCAUCUGAACAACACUUGAUCUCUCUCAUGUCAUCGUGGAAAGUGAUGUCUGUCUUGUCGUGUUUUUAUGAUCAGGGCCUUGGACGCCAUUUGCUCUCGAACCCUUUUCAUCCAUCUUUUUCCACAGUAAAUAUCUCCCCCCUUUAUCGAUCUAUUAAAGUAGUCUUUGGGAGGAUGUGUGUUUUUCUUUUUUUCUCUCCCCUUGAUGUUCAUCGAUACAAAAGGGAAUACGUUUCUCCUACCCCUCUGCCUUGUUUACUCUCUACUACUAUAUCCCCCCCAUAUACUUGUCUACUUGUCUAUAUACACCCCAUCUACCUCCUCUAUUCUUUCCUUCCUUUUCCUUUUUCUUCUUCUUCUUCUUCAUAAAAUCACGAAGUCUUCGAUCUUGUUUUGCCCCCC